GCGAGAGUGUUUUGUCAUUGUGUGUGUGUUUGUGUGCGAGUGUGUGUGAGGGCGCCCCCUUACAAAAAAAAUUAUCGUUUAAUUUCUUUCGCUUUUGCCACAAGCGGGUGACUUUUGUGCAACUCUGCCACAAAAGGGGAUGUCCUCUUAAGCGGUGGCUACAACAACAACCAAAGGAGCUGCACCAGCCACCAGCCACCACCCACCACGCUUCUUAUCAGCCCACUGAUAACCCGAGGUCGCCGACGCUGCCGCCAUGAACUGAUUGCCACAAAGAGUCAUUUGUGGGGCUUAAGUGAAAGGCAGGAAAGUCAGACGUCAGCGAAAAGGGGAACGAACCCGCAGCCAGCAGACAGCAAACGGAUUACCGGCAUCCUCCAGAUACAGAUUUAGAUACAGAUACAGCUGCAAUCAGCUCUUCGGCAGAAACAGAAACAGCAGCAAUGUCUAAGCACACGGAUAACGAUAAUCUGCGCAAUGACAUCUAUGAGAAUCUGCCCUGUCAGGCGAUGUACAACGAGUCCGUGCGGAAGAUCCAUCAGCAGGCCUCCAGCCUCGUCAAUCCGAAUGCCAACUCCAUAGGCAACUGCAACUCCACGCCGGCGAACCACAAGGCCUCCUCCGGUGGGGGCGGUGGCGGUGGCGGUGGCAAGGAGAUGCUGUAUGCCACGCCACUGCGAAAGUCGGAUCGCUACAAGAGCGGCGAGCGGAGUCGCCACACGGCUGCUGCCGAGGCGAAGCUCUCCAACUACCGGGACUCGAAUCGCCUGGCCAGCGCCCGCAAUGGGAACGCUGUGCAGGUCACAGACCUGGAUGCCGACGAGGACGACGCCGAGGGCGAUGGGGUGGACGGCUGUGCCUCGACCAGCGCCCUGGUGGGCGGCUCCAAGUACAGCAACCAGCACUUGGGCGGAGGCACGGGCACAGCCACAGCCAACCAGCAGCUGGAGGAUCGGCGGAUACUCAACUUCCUGAAGGACACCACGCAGCUGCAGAAGAAGCUGGAGAUCAGCGGGCGGGACUGCCCCAACGCCAGCUUCUCGAACCUGGCGCGCGAGGAGCACUUCGCCAAUCUGGUGCAGCAGAACUUCCCCCAGGAGGUGGUCCAGCACUCGAACGGCGACACGAACGGCGGCUCGGCGCCCGAGGAGGACGGCCAGGAGGCGGCGGGCGGCGCCAGGGAGGACACCGACGGCAAUCUGGAGGCGCUGAUGCAGCGCAAGGUCUCGCCGGACAAGGAGGUCAACGGGCUGGUGCACAGCAGCGGCCUGGAGUCGAACAGCCGCAUCGUGAGCACCGUCUACAUCCAUCGCGAGUGGGUCCUGAAGAAGAUCGCCCUGUGCCUGGAGCAGCGGACGGCGGGCAAGAAGCCGCCCGUGCCGGUGGGCGGUGCCCUGGGCGGGGCAGCGGCCUCCUCCUCCGGCUAUGUCUCGGCCCGGGCCAAGGCGGCGGCCAUCUCCAGCUCCAGCUACAACGGGUGCCUGGUCCUGGGCUCGAACGGCUCCGGCAAGACCUCCAUCUGCCAGGCCAUCAUGAAGGGCAACUCCGGCACCAAGGGCAUCCUCAACAGGAAGCUGCUGGCCUGCUACCUGAUCGAGUCCCAGAACCCGGAGUGCCACAGCCUCUCGCUGUUCAUGCGCAAGAUCGUCCUGCAGCUCCUGAGCCACGCCUCGCUGAUCAGCCGCGACGACAGCCAGCGGAUCAUCGACGAGGGCUUCUCCUUCCUGCGCGAGGAGGCCCAGCAGCAGGAGUUCAAGCUGGACGAGGCCAUGAACAACAUCAGCCUCAGCGCGAAUGCCGAGGAGCUGCUCAUCGAGGAGCUGAAGCGCGGGGCCGGCGACUGCGACGCCCCCCAGGCCCUGGACUCGGGACACUUCCAGUCGCAGCGCACCUCCACCAUCAACAAGGCGGCCAAGAGCUGUCUGACCCGCCAGCAAUCGGAGCCGGCUCCGCGGCCGGACCAGCCGGACGAUCAGCAGGCCGCCAACAGCUAUGGCACGCAUCCGCCGAAGCAUGGCAGGGAGCGCGGCGAGCAGGACAAGGACAUGGGCAGCGAGAAGGAGCUGAAGGAGCCGGCUGCCAAGCCGAGCGCCAGUCCCAGCAAAACCAAGUCCAAGAUCCCCAUCAAACGGGGACGAUCGGGCAGCGGCGUGCUCUCCCCCUCGAAGCUGGCGAUCAUCAGCAACGGCGGUGGCACGGGCGGCGGCCAGGCGAUCCAGCAGGGCGGCGGCGAGGACAUAGCCGAUCUCGGCACAGAGCAGGAGAAGAGCGAAAUCGAGGCGGCCAUCAAGGAGGACAAGGCGGGGGCCAACAACGAGGAGGAGGACAAGCCCGAGGCGGACAAGGACCUGACCCCCAGCAAGGAGCAGGAGUCGGAACCCAAGGCAGAGGCUGAGGCGUCGAAGCCGCUCAUUGAUUUCACAGAGAACGGCCCGGUGAAUGGCAAACGGGAGGAGGAGCAGGAGAAGGAAGAACGCCAGGCACCACCAGCUCUCGCCGAGAAGCCCAGGAAGCACACGAACACACUGCCGCCGCCGUUGCCGAGGACCAAGAGCUGCCGCACCAUCAUCGCGGACGGGUACUACGAGCUGCUGCUCUCCAAUCCGGAGAUCCUCGAGUGCCUCAGCGUGGACAACAUCGAGACGAACCCCGACGAGUGCUUCAAGAAGGCGCUGCUCUUCCCGCUGCUCGAGCUGACGCCGCCGAAGACGGCGCUGCUGCUGCUGAUCGACUCGAUCGACGAGAACUACAUCAACGAGGGCCACCUGAUCUCCACUCUGAAGGGCGGACGCUGCAACGCGGCCGUCCACAAGAGCCGCAACGUGGCGGAGCUACUGUCGAACCACAUCCACCUGUUCCCCAAGUGGCUAUUCCUCGUGUGCACCACCAAGAAGCAGACCAAGCAGAUCACCAGGAUGUUCACGGGCUUCAAGAAGAUCACGCUGGACGACCUGCGCAAGUCGCACGUGGUCAAGGACGUGCAGGAGUACAUCAUCAACCGGCUGAACUCGGACUUCAAGGACAGCAUCAUGCUGACCAAGGAGAUCAUCGAGUCGCUGCACCAGCUGUACAUCAAGUCGAACGGCUGCAUCCUCUACCUGGAGAAGGUGCUGCACGGCAUCAAGGACAACUUCUUCAGCUUCCGGGAGAUCAAGCUGAUCCCGUGCACCCUGAACGGCCUGUACUUGUACAUCUGCCAGAAGUCCUUCAACAAGAAGCAGUACAUGAAGAUCCGGCCGCUGCUCAACGUCCUGCUGGCCUCCUCCGGCUACGUGGACAAGCUCUUCCUGUUCAACUGCCUGCGCACCCACAACUACACGAUCGACUGCCAGGAGUUCGAGAAGCGGCUCCAGCUGAUGCGCAACAUCCUCGCCUACGACGCGAACGCCCAGCGCCUCAAGAUCUUCCACAACUCGUUCGCCGACUGGCUGGUGGACGUCAAGUUCGCCACCAAGAAGUUCAUCUGCGACGUCAACGAGGGCCACGUGAUGAUCUCCAUGUACUACCUGCUGGUGGCCGACACCUUGUGCGCCAACACGGUGCGCCGCUUCGCCUACCAUCUGAUCAAGGCGGGCGAGUGCCUGGCCAGCCGCCACGUGGACAUGGACCUCAUUCUGAUGCUGCUGGAGUCGCGGCUCAACCUGAGCGACUGCUUCUACACGAACCAGAUGAACUGCUGUGCCCAGUGCGAGCACGACUUCAAGUACGACGGCAACUUCCUGCCCAAGACCCGCGCCAUGCUCGAGCGGUUCCUGGCCAACGACCUGAGCGAGCCGUUCGCCCAGUUCCUGUGCGACUUCUUCAAGCCCAGCCUGCCGACGGACGCCAAGAUGCUGAAGCUGCUCAUCGAGACGGGCAUCAACAACGCCGAGGCGCAGAACUCCUGCGAGUCCUCGCUGAUGUCGCCCGAGCUGUCGGAGAAGUCGCAGAACAUCGACUUCGAGCUGGCCGACCUGCUGCUCUCCAGCGAGAAGAGCUGCCUGCUGGAGACCCAGCGGGCGGGCAGCCCCUCGGAGCACAGCGAGCCGCCGCACGAGAGCCAGGACGACAACGCGUCCAGCACGCUGCACCAGCUCUCCGACUCGCACCACAUCGAACUGCACAAGGGCAAGGCCCUGAUCCACAUCCUGGCCAACGACGGCAACCACCAGCUGCUGGAGCGGGCCCUCAACGCCUGCAAGAGUCCCAUAGACCUGGAGAUCGAGGACUACAAUGGCCAGACGGCGCUCAAUAUCGCCGCCAGGAACGGCCACCUGGAGGUGGUGAAGCUCCUCCUCAGCUUCUCGCAGCCCUGCAACGACGGCACAGGCAGGAUGAAGCGCGUCGACGUCAACCAUGCGGAUCGCGACGGCUGGACCCCGUUGCGGUCCGCCUCCUGGGGCGGCCACAGCGACGUGGUGCGGCUUCUGAUCUCCCAGCCGGCCUGCAAAAUAGAUCUCGCCGACAAGGAGGGACGCACUGCUCUGAGGGCCGCCGCCUGGAGCGGCCACGAGGACAUCCUCAAGCUGCUGAUCGAGUCGGGAGCGGAUGUCAACUCGGUGGAUCGACAGGGUCGCACGUCCCUGAUUGCCGCCUCCUACAUGGGCCACUACGACAUCGUGGAGAUCCUGCUCGAGAACGGGGCGAAUGUCAACCACCUGGAUCUGGACGGACGCAGUGCUCUGUGCGUGGCCGCCCUGUGCGGCUCCUCGGGCUACAGCAAGGUGAUCUCCACGCUGCUGGACCACGGGGCGAACACGGAUCAGCUGGACAACGACGGCAUGUCGCCUCUGCUGGUCAGCUCCUUCGAGGGCAACGCCGAGGUCUGCGAGCUGCUGCUGGAGAACGGCGCCGACCCGGACCUGGCCGACUUCAUGGGACGCACGCCCCUGUGGGCCGCCUGCACGGCGGGGCAUGCCACGGUGGUGAAGCUGCUGCUGUUCUGGGGAUGCGGCAUCGACUGCAUGGACUCCGAGGGCCGCACGGUGCUGAGCAUUGGGGCCGCCCAGGGGAACGUGGAGACGGUGCGGCAGCUGCUGGACCGCGGCCUCGACGAGACGCAUCGCGACAACGCGGGCUGGACGCCGCUCCACUACGCCGCCUUCGAGGGCUUCCACGAGGUGUGCAUGCAGCUGCUCGAGUCGGGGGCCAAGAUCGACGAGUGCGACAACGAGGGCAAGACGGCCCUCCACCUGGCCGCCCAGGAGGGGCGCCUCAACUGCGUCCAGGCCCUGCUGGACAUCCACUCCAGCUUCGUCGACCAGAAGGCGCACGACGGCAAGACCGCCUUCCGGCUGGCCUGCCUCGAGGGGCACAUGGAGACGGUGGAGUUUCUGCUCAAGUUCUGCUGCGACGUCAACUCGAAGGACGCCGACUCGCGCACCACGCUGUACAUCCUGGCGCUGGAGAACAAGCUGGAGAUCGUCAAGUACCUGCUGGACAUGACCAAUGUGGAUGUGAACAUUCCGGACAGCGAGGGCCGCACGGCCCUCCACGUGGCCUCCUGGCAGGGGCACGCGGACAUGGUCAAGACCCUGAUCGAGGCCGGGGCCGAUGUCAACUCCAUGGACCUGGAGGCGCGCUCGCCCUUGCACUCGUGCGCCUGGCAGGGCAACCACGACGUGAUGAGCAUCCUCCUCUACUACGGCGCCCUGGCGGAUCACGCCUGCAAGCAGGGGGCCACCGCCCUGGGCAUCUCCGCCCAGGAGGGGCACGAGAAGUGCGUCAUCGCUCUGCUGCAGUUCGGCGCCAAUCCGUACAAGUCGGACCACUGCGGGCGCACGCCGAUCAAGCUGGCGGCCAAGUCGAGUCGCACCAGCAUCCUCAAGAUCUUCGAGAGCUACACCAAAAACGAUGCUAGUAAUCCCAACGAACCCAAGUUCCAUGCCCACGCCAGCAUGCUGCGCUCCCCGGACCAGCCGCCGGCUCUGCCCCUGCACCAGAACCUGGCCCCCUAUCCGGCCCACGCUUCCGCCUCGUCGGUCUGCUCGGCGGCCACCACGGCGACGGUGCACAACGGCAGCCAGCUGCACGUGCUCAACGCCUCCAGUUCCACGCACAGCUCGAACAACUUCUACCAGAACACCAUGCAGUCGGACACGAGCAGUUUGCACAAGCGCAAGAGCGUCAUCUCUAGUCAGUCCACGGGCAGCAGCAAUGAUCAGGCGCCGCUUACCUUCACACAGCAAUUGCAGCGACAGAGCAAACUGAGCUCGCGGAACAAUCUGAUGGUCAAUUCGAAGCAUGCCUCUGGAUCGGGUCACAAGUCCAGUGGCGGAGGCGGCGGCGGCGGUGGCCAGCGGCAUUCACAGAUGCUGCCCGAUCUCAGCGAGCAUCAGCUCGCUUCCAAUAUGACCAAUGAGGCGGACAUGUACGACAUGGAGUGCAUGUCGCCGCUGUACGCCACGCCACCGCAUUCGCCCAGCAGCGAACUGAGCUCUCCCGGCCAGCUGCCGGGGCUGAAUGCAUUCGUGGAUGACGACAGAGCCGGCACGAGCAGUGGCGCAGCCAAGGCCUCCCUGCCGGACAAUCAUUUUGCCCGAGACACGCACAUGCGCAUCAUACUGGGAAAUCUCAAGGAAAACCAGCCCAGUUCCUCUGGCAAAAGCAAGCGCAGUGGUGUGUCCAGCAAUCCGGCAAUGAGGCUCAUACGCAGCCGCUUCGAUGCCGCCUCCCAGCUCAUCCGACGCACCAACAACAUACUCUCCUCCAGCAGCAACCAGGGCUCCUCCAGCAUUGGCGUCAAGUCGGGCACCUUCCAGUGGCGCAAGGAGAGCCAAAUGUAAUGGGGGAAGCAGUCCUCCCUGCCGGACGAACAUACUCAAUCUUCAAAGUUAUAAUUCUAAUUUAUUUCAUUUGUAUCGUACUUUUGAUGAAGUAUUUGGUUUUUUUGUGAUAGUUUCAAUUUUAGUACACUUUUAAUCUGUAUUCUGAUUUAACUAAAAUAUAUGUAGGCAUAUACUAUCCAUACAGAACGUAGUCUAAGGCAUGCGCCGAGUAUCAAGCUAAAGAACCUUACAUACAAUAUAUAGAAUACGAUAUUUCAUCAUAACCACCCUUUUGGCAUGCAACUUGUAACUCGUAGUGGACUUUUUUCUUCAAUGUAGGCAAGAAAUCAAUCGAAAUUCAAAUUCAAAUAGAGACACGACACCACGACACGAAUGUAUACUGGCGGAGCACAGCCCUGUGCCCAGGAUGUAAUUAUAAAGUAUUUAUUAACAUUAACAAACAGAAGCAAUAAAUUAUAGUUCGAGUUUAAUAUAA